AAAAAAAAAAGGGGGAAAAAAAGGAAAAAGUCUGCGCAGGAACCUGGGGAUUGUCCACGUUUACAGCCUCAGACGCCGCAGCCCUGCUCCACAUCCACAGCCUCGGCCCGGCGCCCCCCCCCCGACUUUUAUUUUUCUUAUUACUUAUGACUGUUGUUCUUGUUUUUUUUUUCUUCAACCCUCCUAAGUAACUUUGAUUGAAACUCUGCGAAGAUGCUGGGCCUGUUCUUUUUCCUGCUCACUGCGUGGUCCUCCGUGGAGGGCAACCCCAGUCCCGUGUUGGGGGAUGUAGUCGUGGACAGAUCCUUCAUCCCCAAACUCUGCGCCAGGGAGGUGAAGGACGGAGACUUCGUCCGCUACCACUACAACGCCACGUUCGUCGACGGCAAAACCUUCGACUCGAGCCACCAGAAAGGAGACGCCAAGGUCGGUCGGAUCGGUGAGGGUCGCCUCAUUGCCGGCAUCGAUAAAGGUCUGCAGGGCAUGUGUGUGAACGAGCGCCGGACGAUCACCGUGCCUCCUCACCUGGCCUACGGCAGCACUGGCGCAGGUGACGUGGUUCCUCCAGAUGCCACCCUGGUGUUUGAGGUCCACCUGUUGGACCUGUGGAACAAAGCCGACCUGGUCGUCACCAAAACCAUCACCACCCCCAAAGACUGCAAACGCUCCGUGAUGCGCACUGACUUUGUGCGUUACCAUUUCAACGGCACCCUGCUCGACGGCACCGUCUUUGAAUCAAGCUACAUGAGGAAGCAAACCCAAGACUCAUUAGUAGGUGAGGGCUGGCUGAUCAAGGGCCUGGACGAGGGCCUGCUGGGCAUGUGCGUGGGAGAGAUCAGAAACAUUAUCAUCCCACCUUUUAAGGCCUACGGAGAAAAGGGAUCAGGCACAGAUAUCCCCCCCCAGGCGACCCUGGUGUUCAAUGUCCUGUUGGAGGACAUCCACAACCCGAAGGACAACAUGACCAUCGAGCACCAGGUGGUGCCCGAGUCGUGCACUCGCAGGUCCGUCGUCGGGGAUUACAUCCGGUACCACUACAACGGUACCUUUCUGAACGGAAGAACCUUUGACACCAGCUACCAGAGAAACGGAACAUACAACACCUACAUCGGGAUGGGGUAUGUGAUUGCGGGCAUGGACCAGGCCCUGCUGGGAGUCUGCGUUGCGGAGAGGAGGAGGGUCAUCCUCCCCCCUCACCUGGCGUAUGGAGAGCAAGGAGCAGGCGACGUCAUCCCUCCCUCAGCUGUGCUCGUCUUUGACAUUCACGUCAUCGACUUCCACAACCCCAAUGACACGGUGGGCAUCCACACCACGCACAAGCCCGACGUGUGUAACGACACCACCGCGGCCAACGACCUCGUCCGCUACAACUACAACUGCACCCUGAUGGACGGCACGCUGCUCUUUUCCUCGCGCGACUUUGAGAACCUUCAGGACGCAGUGCUGGGGGCAGACAAAGUGAUCGACGGGCUGGACCAGGGCCUGCGCGGCAUGUGUGUGGGAGAGAAGAGGUUGGUGACGGUGCCUCCUCACCUGGGCCACGGAGAACGAGGAGCCGAUGGUGUGCCGGGCAGCGCUGUGUUGGUCUUUGACAUUGAGCUGGUGAGCUUUGAGAAGGGAGUGCCCCCUGGUUACCUGUUCGUGUGGCUCCAGGACACUCCGGCUAACCUGUUCGAAGCCCUGGACAUCAACAAGAAUGAGAAGGUUCCACAGGAGGAGUUUGGGGAGUUCAUCAAGCUGCAGGUGGCAGAGGGCAAAGGUCGCAUAAAGCCUGGAAUGACCAUGGAGCAGGUUGUAGUCGACAUGUUCGAGAACCAGGACCGAAAUAAAGAUGGCGUGAUCACGGCCGACGAGCUCAAACUGAAGGUAGAGGAGGACAAGGAGAGGGAAGAGGCGAGGCACGAGGAGUUGUAAUGAGGACAGAUGUUUUUUUAAUUUGAAUUUUAAUGCUCUCUCAGGAAUAAACCCAAACACCUUAAAAACAAGCAACGAGAGACUUUCCCCCAAACAGCGUCAAGGUUUUAUUGGUGGACUGUUUUUUUUUUUUUUAUGACAAGAAAAUAGUGCAAAUGAUCUUUUUUUGCGGAGUGUGUGAGUGUUUGUGUUUGACAGUUGUAUUUUCAGAAAACCAAACAAGCACCUUAUUUGUCCCUGAAGUCACAUGGAUUAAAAUGUGAGAAAAUUAACAUGGUUUCAGUUGUUUUCCUACGACUUGUAAACACUGCAUAGAAAAUCAUCUGACAUCUGAAAUAACGGCAAGUGUAUUCCUGAAAAAAAGAGGUUUACCGACAAAUGGAUAAACUAUUUAAUGGUUGAUUUUAUUGAGGGGAAAAAACAACAAUCCCACGGUUUUUAAAGAAAGAUGCAGAAAUUACACUUUUCUCAUUAUCACACUUAAAGGAAAAGUGCACCCAUUUCUUAAAAUAAGUCUUAGGGCCUUCUACUGCGUAACACAGCCGAGACUCUGGCUGAACAAAUCAUUGAUUAGAAUUGCAAUGUGUGUAAUGUAGGCACCAGGUUUUUACGAGGAUUUUUUUUUUAACCACACUGAUAUCUGAAAUAAACUGUUGUUAGUAGCUAAUGCUAUCCUAUACAAACAACCAAAAUCAGUUGUGGUUGCAAUAUUUCAAUCACCAAUAUGUGGCAGAUUCCUGAUUUUUUUUUCUAAUGAUGUGAUCACAUAGGCGGGUGUCUGGCUUUAAGAAAUGUUGCAACUCUGCAUCAAAAAAUGAAAAGAUAAUGUGCAGUUUCUGAAAAAGGAUGAAAAAACAAACAAAUAUUCUUAGCAAAGGAGGAGGAAAUGCCAGGGAAAAUGUUUGUUUUUUCAGCAGUAGCAAUUUAAAAGAUGCAUUUCUCCGUUACAGUACAAAUGUGUGGUAUUUAUGUCGGACAUGUGAGUUACUAGUAAUACUGAGGGAAUUCAGUUCUUUACAGAGAGGAAAUCCCAACUUGUGUUAAAUAAAAUUACAUUUUUAACAAGGUUUUGGUGAGGAGCAACAUAUACAAGCUUCAACGUUAAGUCCUUUUGUACAGCAGACAGUGAUUCAGUUGAAAGACACACAACCCAGAUUGCACAGUACAUUUCACUGUCACAUGUUAACAGAGGUCAUAACUAUUAAUUCAUUAAUUCUAAUAAAUAGCUUAUUGACUCAUAGAAUCACUGUCAUCUAAGGAUUCACGUGUACAGUGUGUGUGGCAUCGAGUCUGGGGCAUCGAGUUGCGCACUGAGGUUAAACACAGGGGAAUUAAUAUAAAGAUGAAGAGUCGAUUACAAAAUGUCUUACAUCUUUGUUCUUGCAUGAGCAUAUUUUAAGACUUGAAUAAAAAUCUGUAUAUGUGAAAACACACACCAUGGUUGUUUGUACUGAGAUUUUAAGGAGGUUGCUGAUUUGUUUUAACCCUGACUCUCUGCAAAGCUGAAAUAAAUCUAAAAUUCUACAAAACUAAUCUGCAAACUAAUGACCCAAUUUAGAUCCUUUAAACAUUUCGACUUUGGUUCCAUGAUUUUUUUGGUUUUUUUUGCAAAUGCAAGUCAAAACAUGUGAAUGUAACAAAUAAAAGAGAGUACAGUGUG